AUGUCUGAUCAAGACAUUCACCCAGGCAAAUACAUUGAACUGAGAAAUAACUUUAAAUACUACAUCGAUACAUAUCUUGCCUUGUAUCAGCUAAAAACUGAAAAUGAAGAAGAAUUAAACUCGAUUUACAAAAUGAUCAAGACAGAACUGAUUGAUUCAAAGAAAUUUAGCCCAAAAAAGAUUAUAAAAGAUAUUUUAGACAUUAUUCCGUAUAAUAAUCGUUAUGCAAAGUCAUAUUUGACUCUAGCCAAACUCAUUUCUGAUGAUUAUCAUAUAACAGAGGUCAACAAUAUUCCAACUAUUUCUAACUACAUGUUUUAUAAAGAAUAUGGAAUUAAAUUAGACAAAUCUUAUGAUUUCGAAAAAAAUAAAUCAGAAAAUCUGGAUAUUCAUACAGAAAAUACAAUUUACAGAGCAAUUAUGUAUAAUGACAAAGAAAAAUUCAUCCCAUUUACUGAAAGUGACGGAUUUGAUGAAAAACAAAAACUUGAUAGAAUAUUAUAUCCCUCCGCUUAUAAUGAAUAUUCAUUACUUGAAUUAUGUUGUUACCACGGAGCAGUUGACUGUUUCAAGUUAUUAAUAACAAAAUUUAACCCAGAAAUAACAAAAACAUGUCUUUGUUUAUCAUUUUUAGGCGGAAAUCCAGAGAUCAUGAGCGAAUGUUUGAAAUAUCAAACACCAGAUGAAAAUUGCAUGGAGUAUGCAAUUAUUUCACACAACAUUGAUUUCGUCACAUUCUUGAUGAACGAAUACAAUAUUAAAAUCAACUUAAAUGAUUGCGGAAGGUAUAAUAAUCUUGAAUCAUUUUUAGUUUAUUACGAUCAAACUAAUGAUAUAAACAAAUGCUUUGUUUAUUCAUCUAUUUUUGACACACCAUCCAUUUGCGAAUAUUUCCUUUCACAUGGUGCAAAUAUUAAAGCAAAAGAUGAAGAUGGAAGAACUGCUCUUCAUCUUGCAGCAUCUAAAAAUCAAGCAACAGCUGAAUUUCUUAUUUCACAUGGUGCAUAUGUCAAUGAAAAAGAUGAAGAUGGAAGAACUGCUCUUUAUGUUGCAGCGUCAUAUAAUAGAAAAGAAAUAGCCGAACUUCUUAUUUCACAUGGUGCAAAGAUCAAUGAAAAAAAUAAAUAUGGAAAAACCGCUCUUUAUAUUGCAAUAAAUAAUAAUUAUAAAGAAAUGGCUGAACUUCUUAUUUCACAUGGUGCAAAUAUCAAUGAAAAAGAUAAAUAUGGAGAAACCGCUCUUCAUAAGGCAGCAGAUUAUAAUAGAAAAGAAAUGGCUGAAUUUCUUAUUUCACAUGGUGCAAAUAUCAAUGAAAAAGAUAAAUAUGGAGAAACCGCUCUUCAUGAAGCAUUGCGUUUUAAUCAUACAGAUUUAGCCGAAUUUCUUAUUUCACAUGGUGCAAAUAUCAAUGAAAAGUUUGAUUAUGGAGAAACCGCUCUUUAUAUUGCAAUAGAUAAUAAUUAUAAAGAAAUAGCCGAACUUCUUAUUUCACAUGGUGCAAAUAUCAAUGAAAAGUUUGAUUAUGGAGAAACUGCUCUUCAUGUAGCAUCGCUUUUGAAUCAUACUGAUUUAGCCGAACUUCUUAUUUCUCAUGGUGCAAUUGUCAAUGAAAAAGAUAUACAAGGACAAACAGCUCUUCAUUUUGCAGCAAAAGGAAAUGGUAAAGAAGCAAUCGAGCUUCUUAUUUCUCAUGGUGCAAGCGUCACUGAAAAAAAUAAAUAUGGACAAACAGCUCUUCAUUUUGCAGCAAAAGGAAAUGGUAAAGAAGCAAUGGAACUUCUUAUUUCACAUGGUGCAAGCGUCACUGAAAAAAAUAAAUAUGGAAGAACUGCUCUUCAUUUUGCAGCAAAAGGAAAUGGUAAAGAAACAGCCGAAUUUCUUAUUUCACAUGGUGUAAAUGUCAAUGAAAAAGAUAAAUAUGGACAAACUGCUCUUUAUCUUGCAGCAGAUUAUGACAGUAGAGAAACAGCCGAACUUCUUAUCUCACAUGGUGCAAAUAUCAAUGAAAAAGAUAAAUAUGGAAGAACCGCUCUUCAUUAUGCAGCAUGUAAUGAUAGUAAAGAAACAGCCGAGCUUCUUAUCUCACAUGGUGCAAAUAUCAAUGAAAAAGAUAAAUUUAGAAGAACCGCAUUUCAUUAUGCAACAAAAUGUAAUAAUAAAAAAACAGCUGAACUUCUUAUCUCACUUGGUGCAAAUAUCAACCACUCUAUAUGUUGCAACAUAUAA